AGAGAGAAAGAGAAGAGAAGAGAAGAGUACAACGUGGAAGUUGAAGAAGAAGAGGUGGAGGUUGAGAAGGAAGGGGCGGAGGGAGCGGAGGCGGUGGAGAGAGGACAAGCAGGGAAGUUUCCGUCUGUCCGAAGUGGAUGGGGGUGAAAAUGUUCGGAGUGUUGCUGGCAUGUGUCUGGCUGGUUGCCGGCUCCCCGUUACAUCCCUGGCCGCUAAUACCACACAAAGCAAUCACACAAGGAUCCUACAUCAAACAUUACACUGCCGCCUGGUACGAUACUGUGGCUCUAAGGGAACGUCGUGACACUUGGACUUCCGGGCAUCCAGGAGACGCGACACUGAAUCUACGUCUUCACGCUCUCGACAGGGUGUUCAAGAUGAGACUCACAAGAGAUACCAGUUUAUUCCACGAGGACGUCGUCUUUGAAGGAUCGAAUGGUCGAGAGAUCGGGUUCGAUCCGUUGCACGCUUACACUGGAACGCUAGAGGACGAUGAGAAUUCCUUGAUUCAUGGAAUUGUAACAGAGGAAGGUCUCUUUGAUGGAACCAUUUUCACGGCAUCCGAUGAAAUUUACAUCGAACCUGCCAGCAGAUACGUUCCACUCGUAUGCCACCGGCAAGACGGCGAACAUAAAGACACGACAGACACGAUGCAUCACCAUACGAUCGCGUAUCGUUCGAUGGACGUGAAUGUUUCACACCAUACCGGAUAUCCGUGUGCGAGCGAGCUGUUGCGAGAGAACACAUUCAACGGACUGAGAACAAACAGAACGUGGAGUGGAUAUCUUGGGGACAGAAUGCGGCCGUUUUAUCAACAACACCUAAACGAGGGCAAGUCUCGGGCCAAGCCAGGUUUUUAUCCGAAAGACGCCAGAAAGAAGGACCCCAUGGCGAGCUCGCACAAUUUGGAGAUGCUCGACAAAUUAUACAGAGAAAGAUACUCCAGAGUCCUUCGAAAACGAACGUCGGUGGAUCCGAAAAAAACCACUUGCAUGCUGUAUCUGCAAGCGGAUCAUACGUUCUUCGAUCAUUAUAAGUCAGAAGAGGCAUGCAUCGAGGUGAUGACACGUCACGUGCAGCGUGUCAACUCUAUUUACAGGUAUACAGAUUUCAAUCAAGAUGGUCAACCGGAUAACAUUAGUUUCAUGAUAAAACGCGUGAAAGUUCACGGUGAAGGAGCUCUGAACGACCCAACUUAUAGGUUCACCGGUACCUACGGUGUCGAAGAAUUCCUCGAAUUGUUCUCAGAAGAGGAUUACGACGCGUUCUGUCUCUCGUACAUGUUUACGUAUCGCGACUUCGAGAAAGGAACUCUAGGUCUGGCGUGGACUGGAGACUUAAAAAAUGCCGGUGGUGUAUGCGAAAAGAACGGGCACUACAGGGGUAGCAUGAAAUCGCUCAACACCGGUAUAAUCACCCUCUUGAACUACGGCAAACACGUACCACCGACGGUUUCUCACGUCACCCUUGCACACGAGAUCGGUCACAACUUCGGAUCCCCUCACGAUCCGGACGAGUGUUCACCCGGAGGAGAGGACGGAAAUUUCAUAAUGUUCGCCAGAGCGACCAGUGGCGACAAACGAAACAAUAAUCGUUUCAGUCCCUGCAGCCUGGUGUCCAUAAAUCCUGUUCUAAAUGCCAAGGCUCGUUCGUCGAAAGGCUGCUUCGCUGAGCCUCAGAAUGCCAUCUGCGGGAACGGGGUGGUGGAGAAUGGCGAAGAGUGUGAUUGCGGCUGGGAGGAGGACUGUAACGACCCUUGUUGCCACCCUCAACGACUUCAUCAUGCCUCUCAUGAGAUACCAUGUCGUCUUGCCGAUGGUGCAGUCUGCAGUCCUAGUCAGGGCCCUUGCUGCACAUCCGGUUGCACUCUGCGCAACGGCGAUAAGUGCAGGGACGACAACGGGUGCAGGGACGCGAGCUUUUGCGACGGUCGUGGUCCCCAGUGCCCACCAUCCAUCAACAAACCUAACAAGACCAUAUGCAACGAGGAGUUCGUCUGCUACAUGGGGGAAUGCACCGGCAGCAUUUGCCUGGCUUACGGUCUGGAAUCCUGUCAGUGCAUCGCUGGGCCCGAGGAUCCUCCUACCAAAAGCUGCGAACUGUGUUGUAAAUUGCCAGGAGAGGAUCAACCAUGCCGAUCAUCGUUCACAUGGAAUUCAGCGCCCUACGAUAUUCCUGACAUGCUGUCGAAACCAGGCACGCCGUGCAACGAUUACAAUGGCUAUUGCGACGUCUUCCAGAGAUGUCGUGAGGUGGAUCCCAGCGGACCUCUGGCAACUUUGAGACGGCUUCUUCUAUCGGAUGCCAGCUUAGCGAGCUUUCAACGCUGGUUGGUCGAUCGUUGGUACCUCCUUGUCGUCGUUACUUUCAUUUUACUGCUACUUCUGAUGUUCGUAACGCGUCUAGUGAAGAAACGUCGCGACAAUCGUUUAAAAAUCUCUUCGACCAUGGACAAUCAAUCCAAUACGAACGACGAACCAUCGAAAGAAUCUUCUUCCUUACGAAAAAUACAAUCCAUGAACAUCUCUAGACUAAAAAGAAGACUGGUGGAGGCGAUGAAGAGUAUAAUAGCGUCUCCCAGACGAAAAAAGGAACCGUUUGCGCAAGGAGAUUCAUUCUUUUCGCGAAUAUCUCAACUGUUGGUCAGUGAUUCGUCUCGUACUCGUUCUGAGAAACAAUCCUCGAACGAAGUCGAACAACUGUACAAAAAUAAUGAUGAAAUGACGAAAAACGACGCUGAUUGUGAGGAUACUUCGGUGAGACAAAAAGUUGCGGUCGAAAGGACGACAAGGGUCGUCGUCUCGAAGAGUAAGAACGAUGGCUGGAGACGAUUCUCUUUAUUGUUGGUUGGUAAUCGUGGUACAAGUUCCUUUUUGGGACGAAGAAAAUUGAACAACGGUAAAUCGAUGAGUGGACAGACUUGGAGGAAAAGCGUGCAAGUUGAUAAAUUCUGCAAUACGACGAAGACGAUCGUAAAUCCGUGUAGAAAGGUGGAUAGGUACCAAACGGAACCUCUGAUGGUGCCUGACACACCGCCGGACACUCCUGGUGACACUUUGGAAAGGAGGGUUCAGACAUCUGAUUUAACUGAGCUAUUGGCUGACAGUUAGUUUGGAAGGAAUCUGUGAUUAAAGUUAUGGGCUCAUGAUCGAUUGGAAUGUAUUUAUGCGAACCAUUCCGUGGAAAUAUUGAUUGUAAGUUGUCUUCUUAAUCCUUAAAAUUUUUAUAAUCUUUUUUCAACUCACUGAUCAUUUUUUCCCAGCUUCAAAUUAUAAGCUAAGAAAAUUCGUCAAAUGUCGAAUAUCACAUACAUAUGUAUGUACCUAUACAUAUAACUAUAUUAAUCUAAAAUUCAUAUUUCAUCGCGAACGUCCAUAGCACACAAACGGUUCAAGUUGGCUACCAAAAUUCUUCUUUAACUUUAAACUAACGUAACAAAUAUUAAUUGGGAUACUAUAAAGAAAAUAGAUUAUUCUAACACUCGACGGAAGCUUUUACUUUGAUUUGAACAAUCGUAAAGGUCCCCACGGUGUGGUUUGUACGAUAAAACGGUCAAGUUUGAGGAGAACUUGCGACGGAAGUCCGUGUGUAAAUAUUGUACACAGAAUCUUGUAACGAUAUCAUGGUAGAUUAGUUUAUAGAAUAAGGGUGAGAAGUUCGCGUAGGGCCGACAGUUUGCGUAAUCGGAGUGGAUUCUUGUAAUUUCUGUAGUUCAAACAGCUCUUCGCGUAGAAGCGGACCAAAAGUAGAGGGGGAAAAAAAAAUAUGAUCGUCCAGCGCUAAAAUCGUAGACGUGUAUAUAAAAAGCGAUUCAUUGUUACUGUAAAAUAAAACAGACGUUAUCAUUCGUUUACUAACAUCCAGUCAACUGAUGUACUUCAGCUUCCCUGGUUUCCUUUCAUUCCGUUUACACUUAUUGUUAGUUGUUGUAAGUUGUUAUUAUUUUGCAUUCUUAAAUGCAAAAUCCAAAGCUCAAACAUUUUUCUAUUAAAUAAUAUAUUCAACGGAUAAUUAGGAUAUUUGUUACAUGAUGUUUUUUUCAUUAAAAUUCUACGAUUCGUUUGAAUAAAACUAUCCGAAAAAUUAUACUAAUAA